GUAUGCAAUGAAAUGUCCUUCUUCACCUUCUCUAUGUUUAUUUUUAUGAUUAAGUUUAGUCAAAUUAAUAGUUUCCUGAAAAUCUAGGCAAAAACUGAAGAAAGGAAGUACAUUUUUAAAAAAGACUUAGAAGAUUUGCCCUUUCUUUGCCCUCACUCUGUGUCUUAAUGAACAAAGGGUAACUGGGCAUUUUCUGAAGACUUUGCUCGGCUGGAAGACCCCAGUGCCACCUGGACUCUUGUCAUGUGUUCCCCUUUUCCUGAGUUUCUGGGAAGGCCUGGUGUCCCCAACGGAGCUAUUUCUAGUAGAAGUUUGAAGAUCUGAUCCAAGAAAAAAAAAUCGAGCAUAGCCAAUGAAUUAAGGACAAGAAGGUUUCCACACAGUCCCUGCUAUGUGGAUAUUUGUUAGCAAUGACUGAUGUGGAAACUACAUAUGCAGAUUUUAUUGCUUCGGGAAGAACAGGUAGAAGAAAUGCAAUACAUGAUAUCCUGGUUUCCUCUGCAAGUGGCAACAGCAAUGAAUUAGCCUUGAAAUUGGCAGGUCUUGAUAUCAACAAGACAGGAGGUGAAGAUGAUGCACCGCGGAGCUCGACAGAACAGAGCGGGGCAGCUGAAGGCGAAGCAGCCAAACCCGAAAGCUAACGCCCCGCGUUGAUCUUCCUCAGCCCGGCCAUGUCUCACGUCUCCGGGCCUGGCUGGAAUACAUUUGUGCCCACGAGGGACAAGGGGAGAAAGGAAAUGGCUGUGCUGCACGGCAGGAACCUGCUCGCUGUCAUGUUAGACAUGGGAGCAGAGGCUCUGGCUGCAGACACACUUUUCUCCACCACUGUCCUUAGCAAUGGCUGAAGUCGCGUGGCUUGUGUCUGGACGUCAUUUUGUAUGGAUCCGUGCACUUGACCACAUGACUAGAUGCUUGUAGAGGGUAGCAGCGACCUUCGUGAUGAUUGUCCCUGUAGCAUCUGGCCCCUCAGUGUCAGAGGAUUUAAUUGUGUCCAAUUGCAAAGGGUUGGCUGAUCCCCAGAGUUUAAGUAUCUCUGGCCCAAGUAUUCACCCAGUAAGAGAACCAUCCAGAAAGCAGUUUUUAGCAUCAUGUGUCCGUGUGUCCCCACUGUGUGACUUACACUGUUUUGUAUUGUACAAUAUAGAUGCUCGGCACUGCCCCCUUCUUUGACUGCUCAUGAAAAACAAAAAUAAUGUACAUUACUGUGAAUUUUUAUACCACUCAUUUUUAAAAGGGCUGUCUUCUUUCUUCUCCGUAGUGUGGUGGUGUACACAGGAUAGAACACAUUUUUAAAACUUAAUCUUUCCCCUUGAUUCACUGCUAAUGAAUUAAGACUAACAGAUUCAUCAAGACUCCUUUGCUUUUAUGAUGCCAGAAUUUGGAAAUAUCCAUUAAUGUGAAUAUUACCUGAAUUCAGUUUGUUCGGUGUCUGCAGACCAGAAUUCAAUCUUCAAACUUGGUUUUAUCUCCAAGUGGAGAGCUUUUCCCAGCCAAUAUUUUUAUCUUUAAUUAUGAGGAUUUGGGAGAAUUAGGAAGGUGGGGAAGAGAAGACAGGAUAAUACGAACAACGGGAAAUGUUUUGUUCUUUGGAAUCAAAUUUCUCAGUGCUGUAUGCUACUAUUUAAAUUAGGAAAACAGCUGAUCUCCAGGGUGAUGAAAAAGUGGAGAAAAUGGUCUUGCAACCAAUUGGUAUUGCAACCAGGUAUUGCAACCAGGUGAACACCAAUCACAAACGUAAAGCCCUCGUGUUCUCUUGUCCUUUCUUUUUCAGCCCUAUCAGCUCCAGAUGUUAUUAUGCACUUUUUAAUGUUUGUAAACUUUUACUAAUAAUUAGUGUGAACUGCAUUCUGAUAAAAUCACCAUCAUCAUCAUUAGAAGCUAACAAAAUCCUCAUUCAUGCUGUUGAUGGCCUCAGCUGUGUUUUGGCAUCUUGGUUCUUACUUGGAAAGUUUCUGUGAGCUGUGUUGUCCCUCUGGGUCAGUAUUAUGAAGUCAUUUGUCAGUGGUAAUAAAUAAGGACCCAGUCAUUGCCAUUGCCUCAUGAGGAAGACCCUUUACGAUAAAGAGCCCACUUAACUGGCCUUGAGGUCUUAGCACAGUCCCCUGUGGAGCAGGCUAAGGAGUAUUUCAACAGGUAACUAUAUGGAAAAACCAGGAACUCAGCCCUCCUCUGAAUGUGCAAAUGGGAUGAAAGGUAAGUCUGCCCUCACCCCCCUCCCUUUACAGUACGCUUCAAAGGAGAGGGGUAAGGGCAUGGGUAUUGUUUGGUCCUCAGUCAUAGGUUCCUGGAAAAAUGUUAAUGUGUGAAUCUCUCAGAAAAGAGAAAAGAAAAAUUAAGUUUUAGAGUACUUCCUACUAUCUAAACCAUUAGGGUCCAAAAUGUUCACUUAAACAAAUCUACCUAUGAGUGGACUUACAAGUGGGAAAAGAUUCCUGAGGCCCUUUUAGACAAUCAUUGGUAGCCCAUUUAAAACACCCAACCCAUAAAAUCCCCUUUUCGAUACCCUCCUCUACUGUCCUCAUAGCUUUCUUGUGACUCUAGGUUAAGUGCUUUUCACCCUCAAGGUGUGGAAUUCCACACUGAUUCCGUGUGGUUUUGUAAAGUUUAGGAGUAGUGCUGAGUAUACGUGGAGGGUUGCUAUUCCCAUGUGAUACACUAUGAUUAAUGCAUGUGGUGUCCUGCCUGUCUUUGAAUAUAUACUAGUGCUAAACUGCGAAGUCAUAUGCAGCUUUUGAAUUAUUUUGACCUCGUACUGCUACUUUGUCUGCCGUAUUCAAACCCAAGGCAUUCCCAAGAUGAAAGAUAAAAAUCCACUUUCCAAAACAUCUUUACAAAUGUUGCUCAGCAAAAGUUCACAGUACCUUCCAGAUCUUAUUGUCAUAUGUUUUACUUGCAAGUCAAUAAUAUUCAAGGAAUUGAAUUUUUAAGGAGAGAAGGAAAGUGUGGAAAACAAAGGCACUGGUUUGAUAAUACACAGCGAAUGCCCAUUAAUUAACCAACAUGCUAAUCACUUCCCAGAGCAUAUCUGCCCGUUUAAUCCUCAAACAAUUCAAUUAAAGAAGUAGUGUUAUCCCAUUUCACGGAUUAGCAAAUUAAGGCACAACAAAAUAUAACUUUUCAAAGCUGAAGAGGCUAAUAAAUGAUGAAAUUAAGAUUUGAACCUCUGUCUCGAAGGAGCUUUCUACUGCACAGGCCAUAAAACCAAAACACAGCAUGUAUCUCUGGAUGGGAAUAUUUAGAUGGGCAGGUUUAGCCUCCACAUUUUGGAGAAGGAAACAGUCCCAGAAAGAAGAACUGUCUUCCUCAAGGUGACCUAUGUGCAUGAUGGCACACAUGUGUCUAAAUCGUGGAAAGUGUACUUUUUAAAGAAAGAUAUUCACUUAGCAUUUAUUUUUUUGUGUUAUACUUCCAAAAAGUUAUUUUUGUGGCAUGCAGUCUAUAAAGUUAGCAUGGUUCAGGUAUUUUUUUAUGUCCCAUGCUACCCAUUUUGUUUAACCAGAAAUAUGACAAUUACAGUUUUUCAACUCAUUUGCAACAAGUGUGAACUUAUCAAAUUUACCUUUUAUUGAUUAUAAGCCUCCUAUGCCAGCAUUUUGUUACCAUAAAUUCAUUGAAAUGUUUUUACCAAUAGAUAACAUGCACCUUUCAAUUUGGGGGCAACACCCCCCGAGCUGCGCACGGCAGUGCCCUAUCCUCGAGUCUUCCCCAGACCCAGUGGAAACACAGCAUUUUAGAGGCUGAGGGAUCCUGCUGCUUCUCUUCAGAGAGGCAGAAAGGGUAAAGAAAUGUCACUGCCUCCAGGUAGCAAUGCUUUGUGAUGCCGAUAGAAAUAGGGAGAAAACGUGGAGUUAUCAAGUGGAAACAGGAAAGGAUCUGUGAUUUAUGGUAUCUUGACAGGCGCUAAAUUGUUCAAUUAAAAGUGGCAGUCUCUGAAGUCAUUUGUGAGCUGUAUGACUUUUGUAUUUAGCAAUGUUGCAUGCUCACAUAAUUGAUAUUAAAAGUAAUACAUUUUUCUGAAA